UGCAACUAUAGUCACAUUAUUCAUCUACUUUCUCAUUUGUUCAUUCAUUUGUUUGUUUUUGGUCAGUUUUUUUUUUGGCUUAUGUUGGAUCAGUGACCUCAGCCUGACUGCUGUAGACAUGCAUUACUGCAGGAAGUUAUGAUCUAACAGUAUCAUGUUGAUGGAUCCUCAAGGGUGCUUGAUUCAUACUGGAAGAUAUGCUGAGACACUGGGAUAAGCCUAUAAUCAUUGAUCACAUAGUCAUUCACAAAUGUCCAGGCAUCUUGAGCCUACGCUGGAAAACUCCAACAUUGAAAUAGCACUUCUCUCUGUUGAUAAUGUGCAAAUUACUGUAAAUUUAAGAAAUGUUUACCAGUCAAAUAAGCACGGUGCUUAGUCUUAGUUUUGACCACCAAAAGCUACCAAAAGGCUUCUCAAACACUGCCAAAAUAAGAAAAAAUAACAACUUCUUCCAUUUACAUAAUGCUUUUUCAUCUUAAAAGGUCUUAAAGCAUUUAACAGAUAGGAGGGGACCCACAUAAUUGACUAUUUAGUGCAACACCAUUUUCGGUCAACCACAGCAAGCUACAUCAAGCUAUAGCAGUUCAUGUGUAAUUGAAUGUUUCUUCAACUGAAUUUUACAAGCCUCUGUUGGAAUUUGGCCAGGAUACCUGGGUUAAAACCAUUCAAAAAAUGCUGUUACAUCUUUAAUAAUCAACUAAUUCUGACCUUGCUUUACCCCUUUCAUCUGGAGGACAGCACUACCUAUUGCACACUAUCCUUUGGAAUUUCUUGUCCAGGGGAAAGAGCAUCACCUACUGGUCCACCAGCACAGCCCUGAAACACACAUUGCUAUGACAUCUGGCAGACAGAGAAAAUCACGAAUGGUUGUUGAUGUGGUAUUCUGACACCUGCUGCAAUAAAAUUAAACAAGAUACAGAUUCUGGAAUGAAAAACAAGCGUUACAGUUACUAGUUCCUGACCAGUUCGGAAAAGUCUUGCCAAAGAGGACAAAGUAGCAAGUAGCUCUAUAGAAAGGAGAUGCUGAGCGUCUCUCCAAGAGGGAAUCGUAGAGAAGCUGGUUUGCUUAGUGUUACAAUGGGUGGUGCUCCGUGUUGCAGUAUUCAGUUGACAGUUUCUGGGAGUAGGUGGUGCUAUUAAAAUUCCAAAGGGAAAAAGCUCUCUCUCUCCGAUGAAAACCCAUUCAUUCUCAACAUGGCGAAGCCUGUAGGAAUUCCUCAGAAAAGAUACAGGGCACCUCAGAUGAUGCUGAUGACCCGUUGCGGUUUACCAGACUUCCGAACUCCCAGCCGGUUAUGAUGUUGGAAAAAUGGACAAGUUUUCGGCCAGCAUUUCCGAGAUCAAAUGGAGCUCGGUGUCCUUGCCUUUGGAUUUAGUAGUCAGCAAAUUCAGAUUGCCGACGCUUGUGCGGCUCGGCCAAGGUGAUCAUGUGGAGGGCUUGACCGAGCAGGAUGUGAUACUGAUUCACUCCUGCAGACAAUGGACCACAGUGACUGCGCACAGCUUGGAAGAAGGCCAUUACGUUAUUGGGCCAAAGAUUGACAUUCCAUUACAAUAUCCAGGGAAGUUUAAACUGUUGGACCAAGACCGGGAUGUGAGAGAACCUAUACAGUACUUCAGCAGUGUGGAGGAAAUAGCAAGUGUGUUUCCUGACAGAGUAUUUGUGAUGGAGGCCAUUACUUUUAGUGUGAAGGUUGUUUCAGGGGAAUUCAGUGAAGACAGUGAAGCGUAUAAUUUCACACUGCAUGCUGGUGACGAACUUACACUAAUGGGCCAGGCUGAAAUCCUGUGUGCCAAAACAGUAAAGGAGAAAUCCCGUUUCAACACCAUCCUCCGGAAGCUGGGCAAGUCCAACACCUUGAGCAAGCAGGUGAAAGGCAAGAUGCCCUGCCUGAUCUGCAUGAACCACCGGACCAACGAGAGCAUCAGCCUGCCCUUUCAGUGCAAAGGCAAGUUCAGCACACGCAGCCCCUUGGAGAUCCAGAUGCAAGAGGGCGAGCACACAAUCCGCAGCAUCAUCGAGAAGGUCCGACUGCCGGUUAAUGUUAUGGUACCAAGUCGCCCUCCCAGGAACCUUUACGAUCUCCACAUUAUCCGGGAAGGCCACCGCUAUAAGCUGGUGAGCAUCAUUUCCAAGACGGUGGUCCUAUGUUGCAUUUUGAGGAAGGAGGAAGUGACCCCUUUUCACUUCCUGCUGCUGACUGAUAUGCCCCGGUUCUUGCUUCCCGAGGGCUUGCUCCGGGGGGAUCCCCUGUUUGAGAAGGCUGCUCAUGAGACCUCUCUUUUCUGUCAAGAGCAUUUCAACCCCGACGAGUAUUCUAAGGCGGUGCGGGAAGUGAAAACGGAUUUCACAGAGGAGUGCACCAGCCCCCGGCGCAUCCGCGUUUGCCUUCAGGGCUUUACUUCCAACUCGCUGAACUACGCACGUGAGGAGCUGACCCAGUCCUUCCAGCGUCUGUCCCUGUGUGUUUACAGUGGCACGCUGAUGCACACCAAUGGGGACCUUCACUCUCAGGGCUGUAGGGAUUCCUUAGGGGAGCAGCAGGUUAUGCCACACGAACUCCUGACCCCCAAUGAGGGAGGGGAAGGCGAACGGGAGUAUAUGACGCCUGACUGGGUAGAAAAUGAAUUCCGAACUGCAGAUCAGCCCGAGAUCCCCUAUGAGGAAUUAUGGACCAAUCAAAACCCUGGGAAUUAUACAGAAGCCAGCGGGAAUCCAGCGGUGUCAGAAUGUGGAGGAAAAGGGGAACCAAAUCUCAUUUCCUUCCAUUCAUCCACAACAUCUUUAGAUGGAACUAUGGGACCCUCACACAUUGCUGUCAAGCAAAUGGAAGAGAACAAAGUGCCAACUCCACCUCCUGUACCUCCCAAAUCUGAAGCUGUGAAAGAAGAGUGCCGCUUUUUAAAUGCUCCCCCAGUACCUCCAAGAGGCAGCAAAGGAGUUCCUGCUCCCAGCCCCCCAGUUCCUCCUCGAUUUCCAAAGGCCCAGCUCCAUCAAACCCAGACCCAGCCCAACCACUCACCAAACCCCAGCCUCUCCUACUACUCCUCCGGUCUUCACGACAUUGCUGGGACUCGCAGUGGCAGCUGUUCUCCUUCCCCAGACUCCUACUCUCUCUACUGCUAUCCCUGCACCUGGGGUGACUGCAAGGCUGUGGAUUCAUCCACCCGCCAGUAUACUGGCAGCAACGGGACCCCUGGAGUGCAGCCAGUACAGACUUCCUGGUCAGACCCUUGGGCCUAUGCAGAGAGCAUGCCCAGUGUCACAAGCGGACGGUCUACACCCCUCCUCAGCGCCGACACGGCUUAUAAAAGCUAUUACAGCUGCCCGAGGCUGAAACCUCCCCAUUCUCAGAAAAGAUUUGCACCCUUUGGGGCUCUGAACCCAUUUGCCAAUCCGGGAUACUCUUGCAGUCCUUCCUCCUCUCCAGCAGAGUGGCUGGAGCCUGGAGAUCGCCAGAAAUCCCCAUCCUUGGCCUCGGAUCCCUUUGAUCUGUUCGACCCGACAAACAGCCGGAGCACAUCUCCGGACAUUGCUUCCCUGAACUCAGGCGACGCGAGGUACGGUCAGGACGUGCGGAACUGCUACCAGGACCUGAUCUUUAAGAGUGGGGAGGGAAACGUGGGGCCUGCGCCCCCUCCCCGUCCACCUAAAAGCUUUGACACUGAAAACAUCAUCAUAAGAAGCACAGCUCCUCUCUCCCCAACUAUUGUAAGGGGUGCAGAAGGCGGCAUCACAAGAGUGUACCUCACCCAGGGAGUAAUUGAAGUACCACCUGUAUCUGCCCGGAGCAAUUCUGAGACUCCUUCUACCGAGGCACCAGGAGUGGCCCGAGUCAAUGGUGAUGGGUCAGCGUGGCACCCUCCCUCAGAUCUCUCCACUCUCUCUGUGGAAGAGGUUUCCAAGUGCCUGAGAUUCAUCGGCCUGUCGGAAGACGUGGUGACAUUCUUCGUCCGGGAACGCAUUGACGGGAGCAUCUUCGUGCAGCUGACGGAAGAAAUACUUUCAGAUGACUUUAAACUGACAAAGCUACAGGUCAAGAAAAUCAUGCAGUUUAUCAAAGGCUGGAGGCCCAAAAUUUAAAUCCACACUCUGCCCGGAGGGAACAAGCUUAGAAAUCUGGUAGCAGAGGAGAGGAAAAAUCCUGUAACAAAAACUGCGGGAAAUUGGUAGGGAUGAGAAAUGUCCUACAUAGAAAAUAGGAAAUUGUGCUGUUACAAAAGAGAAUUUACAGUGAUUUUCCACAUUUGAAGGUUUUAUGGACUAAAGAACUGUAACAGUUCUAUUUUUUUCAGAUGUGAUUUGUUAUGGAAUAAUGACCUAAUUUAGUAUCAUAGCAUUUAUUUCAAAACCCUUUUCUACAAAGGCAUGAGUCCAGUCACAAUCCCCUGUCUGUCAAUCCUUCUGUCAAAGGUCUGUCAAAACAACACUCUCAAACAAAUUAAGAGAGGUAUCAGAAAACUUUAGGGAUCCUGUUGGGAAUGUACUGUAUUCUAUUUUUAAAGAAUUUUCCUAAGUUUCCCAAGUACACAAAAAGCAAAAACUUUUUUACUAAUUUUCCCCAGUAGAGACCACAAUCCCUGUCUCCAUAUUACAGUUUUUCAAGUGUAAAAAAGUUCAAAAGGUGCUAUAGCUGAUGACAGUGGUUCACUUUUGAUACUUCUGCCCUGACGACCCUUCAUUAAUAAGGAUGUUUCAUUUUUAGAACUCUUUAUUCAUAAGAAGUCCUGCAACAGUAUAAUUGACUCAGGUACGAAAAUAUUUGAGAAUGUGGCUGUUUAUUUUAUCACAUGGUGACAAUGUAUAUCUGUAUUUUUAUUUGUUUGCAACCCAUGUGAAAAAUGUCCUAAAUCCAGUAGUAUGGAAUGCCCAGCAAUGCAUGAAUGUUGUAAUUAAAAAAGAAAGAAAGCACAUAAACUGUGAAUAUUAAAUUGUAUAUUCUAGGAGCGAAGCACAACCAGUAAACAUCCCCUAACCACCUACAUUUCAAAACUAAUAAUGACAGCUUUGCUUUUCUGACCAUUCUUAGGAUAAUUUCAGUCUUGCAUUUGUAAAUGCAAGGUUGAGUAUGAAAGUGCAGCUGAACAGACAAAAAACAAUCUAAUGGACUGACAUUGUACUAGGUUUGAAGUCCCUAAAAACCACCAUGGAAUCUGGUGUUGACAAUAGUUCAUUACCUGCAUCCGAAUGAGCUGGGCAGUAGUUCUCAUGUAUUUGUUUCUCCCCCAGAUACAUCACAAGAGGCUUGCAGACCCCCAUAGUAACAGUAUUCUAGGCACUAUUAUCAUCUCAACAUUUGCUUAGCUCCUGCUCAAGACAUUGUCAUUGUUGUCAAUAGCUAUAAUUAUAAAAACAAAAUAAGUUCUAAUUUUAGAUUUGAUUAUACAUUUAAAUGAACAUGGCAGGGAGUUUUUACAUGUUAUUUACAUGCAGACAAUAACCAUUCUUUACUUUUUCCCCUGUUAUUUGCUUCAGUGUAUCAUCUACAAUUGUCUAUAUUUCUAAAAACAAGUACUACAGAGAGACACGCCUGUUGUAAUAUUUUUGUUUUGUUUCCUGUUUUUUUUUUAAAGUUUGGACAUGCACUACAACCAAAUUAAAAAGAUUGGCGUGGCAUCCAUGCAGUCAUUACGUUGGCACUGACUGUCUGAUUGAAAUGUGGAAGACAAAAGGAAUGUCAUAUUUCAAAUCACUUUAGGCAGCAAUGCAAGAAAGUUAAGUAUAACUUUCCUUAAAAAAACAUAUAAAGGGAUUUUCAUUUAAAAAAAAAACAUUCAUACUACUAUUACUGUCCUCACAAUUCCUAGCCAACCUCUGUAGGUCAAAAGCACAUCUUCCUGAAAUUAAGAGGAAGCAAACUUAAUGAAAACAAAUUACUUUACCAUGGAGGUACAGUAGAGAGACUGUCUGCACAAGCUACAGUACUAAUGUGACCUACACCCACAUCUUCAGUAAGCUAGCCAGAACCAUGGUAUUAGAGAAUAGCUUAAUAAGGUGGAGAAAAGGCUGUGUCAUUAUAAAGCUCUUCAAUAGCUGAACUGUACCACAAGGAGGUGUCUGUAGUAAUUCUGUUAGGAUACAUCCUCUACAAGGAAGUAUUGCACUCAACCAUCGUUUUAGUGUAUCCAAUUGUGGACAUUUGGACCUUUUUCCAGAUUUGUUUUUCCAAUGCUGCACUGCAGACUGAAUUUGUCACAUGUAAACGUAAAAAUCACAUUUUAAAAACAUAGUUAGUACUUGUUGGUAGAUUUAAAUGAACCUGUUACAAGGUACUGUAUAUGGAAUUGCCAUUUAUGGACUGGCCUCUCUUUUCUUGACAAUAACAGAUGAUUUAACAUUAAGAGCAUGGCCCAAUUCUACAACAACAAAGUGUUGCUGACAAAAUCUCUGCAUGGUGUGGUGUCUUUAGUCAUGUGAAUUGAUUGAUAAUCGUGGCUAAGUUUGCUACAAAGUACUCAACAGAGGAUAAUGAUGUGAUUAAGAAUGAUACAUUAUCCUUGCUGUCUUGUUAUUUGCUGUGAGGUUGCUGACAGUAUUUCGACACCUCUGCACAGAUAUGUGCUGGAGUAUUAAAAGCAUGUAAUAGUACAGCAGUGUUGACAGUACUUAAAUAUCAAUUUUAUUGGAUGUUGUACUGAAAUGUAACAUUGCAGUAGUCAUGCAAUUGACAUUAUUCAUCAUAUAAAAUGAGCAGUCAUAGUAGUUCUGUCAGGAUGGCACUAUCUUUAUAUGAUAUGAUUCGGACAGGCCAGAAGCAGUAUUCAAAUAACUUCGGAAGGUUCUAGAAAUAACUAUUUUGGAUAUAUCCAACUUAAGAAACCAACAAUUAAAGGCUAUUAUCAAGCUUGUUUGGUGACUCAGGCUUGGAUCUGGACAGACCGAUAAGUUAUGCCCUUCAUGAAUUCUGAGCUUGCUGUGUUAUAUAAACAAAGUAGAAACAAAACCAGGCAAAUUAAUUAGAAACAUAAAGGCUGUAAAUUAAACAGGAUUAUGGUUAAAAGUAAUUUUCAUCAACUUGUUGUUCUGCUGCACUGAUUUUUAGUUAGAUGGUGAAAUAAAAUCAUACUUCCAGAGGGACAAAAUGUAUGUAGGACUUUUGAUGGCUUAGAUAUAAAAAACACAAUUCCCUUCUUCCCUGUAGCUUAGUCAAGGUGUUUACAGAAAGACAGUUUUCAGUAAACUUACAGGAGAUUUUUUAGUUUUAUUCCUCAGUAUGCUUAUGCCUCUCAUUAACCAAUGCAACAUCUCUGCAUUAUACAAACAGUUUAGAGAACAUCUAUAAAUCUUAAAAGAAGAACAACAUUAAACAAAAUGUACAGCACACGUACAAAUUAAGUCUUUAGUACUGGCAUUGCUGUUUCUCUAUCAGGUUUGAAUGAAAAAUGUGUGAGUUUAAGGUUUAAUUGAAGUGCUCUCAGUAAAUUUCUGUAAAAGUGCAUUUAUUAGAUGAUUGUUACAGUUUAAGCUACAAAAAUAAUCUAGAGUGUGUAAUACCUACUGAAAUAACAGUUUUGGGAAAACUGCUGUAAGGAGAGAGAAAAUCCGGUACUUACACAGAACGAGGUGACCCCAUGAAUUCACGUAAGCAUGGACAUAGAUAAUGGAGAUUCAUGCAGAUGUGUACCAUGUUUGUGUUUACAUUCUGGUCAUUAUGGGUGACGGAUGUGGUGCCCUUGGUUGUGCGCUGUUUUGUCAAUGGAAGUGUGUUCCUCCAUUUAAAUGUGCCCAUUUAUAUUUGAACCCAUUUUCAUUUAAUCAGAGUCCAUGGUUUUCAAUAUAGAAUUAUUUUGAAUAUGACAACACAUUUGCAUAUUGAACAACUACCAGAGUCUUGUUCUGCUGUGUUUCAAAUAGUUUGAUUAGACAGAAAUAAUACUAGUACGGGCUGCACCCUGAGUUUUAUGCACUAUGAAUCUUUGAGAACACUUGUAGUACUUAAUAUUAUGCAUGGAAUCUCUGUAUUUUUUGUCCUGUGCAUUGAAGCAUUCAACAGUGUUUUCUAUUGCACAGGCUUGUGUAAACACACAAAGAUACAAAAUCAAGACCAGGGUUAGCUCUCUCAACAAAUCAAGCACAAUGACUUUCUGAGAUUUUUUCAAAUAGAAUCGCAGGAUCCUCAUUAGAAUUUAUUUUCUCUUUCACAUCAUUCACUAACUCUCAUUACAUUACCCCAGGCAACAAAGGUAUUAUCUUUUACAUCAUUUGUUGCAGGCAAGUGUCAAACAUAGUUUUCCCUUAAUUUUAAAAUCCGGAAGUGAUGUUUUCUGUCAUUGUUAAAUAAUGUCUGCAUAGUACACUUUCAGAAGUUUAGAUCUUAAGGAAAAAAAAAGUCAAAGUUUGUUUGGACUCUAGAGUUCACUGAUUUCCUACAGAGUGCAGGAAAUGUUUUUUUUUUCAUUUUGUAUUCUGCAUUGUUACAGUACAAUGUUGAUCCUGUCUGAAAGCACAUACCAAUAAAUAAAAUACAGAAAAUGUAAAAUGAGAGAAAUUUAGAUUUUGACGUUGCGGAUAUGUAAUUUCUGAAUAAUACAAUGCAUGUAAAACACAAAAUAGAGGUUAGUUUAAACAUGACUUGGAAAACACCAUUAUAAAGCAGCAGGAUAUAAAGGAUAUAUCACCUUUCAUUGCCUUAAACUGUUGAUCAUCAGUUAUAUGAUGAAUUGUAAUGAUCCCUUUUGACGUCAGAGGACAUUAGAAGAGUUGUAGGAGUAAAACAGCAUUGUGACUCUUCUCUGACAUUUUGAAACUCAUUUAAAACGCUCAUUCAUGUGAUUGCUACAGUUCUCAGAAGUAUGAAAUCCUUGAAACCGAAGUGAACAGUUUAAAGCUCUUGCCACGUUCUUUCACAACAAAGAACCAAAACGAGACUAUGAAGCCUUCUUCACAGUAUUAAGAGAUUUACUGUAUGCGCUUACCUUAGAGUAGCAAAGUUUACAUUUAACAUUGUGUUGCUGCUUGCAAUAAACCUAAAAAAAACAUCUUGCAGCUACCAACUGUUAUACCUAUUGAAUAUCUUAGACAAAAAAUUAAAAGGAUUGGACAGAAA